CAUGCGGGGAUUCUUUGCUUUUGCAAAAUAAUUUGUUAGCUUUUCAACAGUUAAAACUCAAUAAAUUAAGAUUGCCAUUAGAUUGUAAAACACAAUAGCAUAAUUUUUAGAGUUAAUUAAUCUGUAAAUAGCUAAUAUAGAUUAUGUUCAACAUUGACAGCCUUAAGAUUAAAUAAUGUAUAUGGAUUACAUUAAUCAUCAACUCUUGCUGAUUCAGAAGGAGGUAUAAAUAUGUUUAUAUUUAGAACUUGUCUUAGAAGCUGCAAUUUCUCAAUUGUUAUCUUUAUCUCUUAAGGCCGAACUGAAUACAAUACGAAAUGGCUGAUA